CGGUGGCGGCGGUGGCCACGUGUGCCCGCGGGCGUGCGGGAAGCGCGGCCACGCCUGCUGCCUCCCUCUGGGCGCCCAGCAGUCCCCAAGAGGGAGAUGAGCGCGGGCGCUGAGCAGGGGGUCCCCUCGGGGCUGCCGGCGCCCUGCGCUGCCAAGGUGGAGCUGCGGCUGAGCUGCCGGCACCUGCUGGACCGAGACCCGCUCACCAAGUCGGAUCCCAGCGUGGUGCUGCUGCUGCAGGCGCAGGGCCGGUGGGUGCAGAUGGACAGAACUGAGGUGGUCCGGAGCUGCCUGCACCCAGUCUUCUCCACGGUCUUCACGCUUGACUACUACUUCGAGGAGGUGCAGAAGCUGCGCUUCGAGGUUUACGACACCCAUGGAGCCAGCAACCUGGGCUGUCAGGAUGAUGACUUCCUGGGGGGCAUGGAAUGCACCUUGGGGCAGAUCGUGGCCCAGAAGAAGAUGACCCGCCCGCUGCUGCUCAGGGUCGGCAGGAAUGCUGGCAAGUCCACCAUCACGGUGAUAGCCGAGGACAUCUCUGGGAACAAUGGGUAUGUGGAGCUGUGCUUCCAGGCCAGGAAGCUGGACGACAAGGAUGUCUUCAGCAAAUCGGAUCCCUUCCUGGAGCUGUUUCGAGUCAAUGAAGAUGGGAGUGAGCAGCUGGUAUACAGGACGGAGGUGGUGAAGAACAACUUGAACCCUGUGUGGGAGCCCUUCAAGGUGUCGCUCAGCUCCUUGUGCAGUUGUGAGGAGAAGCGCCCACUGAAGUGCCUCAUCUGGGACUAUGAUUCUCGAGGGAAGCAUGACUUCAUUGGAGAGUUUGCCACCACCUUUGAGGAGAUGCAGCGAGCCUUCCAGGAGAACCAGGCACACUGGGACUGUGUGAAUGCCAAGUAUAAGCAAAAGAAGCGUCAUUACAAGAACUCAGGAGUGGUGAUCCUGGCAGACCUGAAGUUCUACAGGGUCUACUCUUUCCUGGACUACAUCCUGGGAGGCUGCCAGAUCCACUUUACCGUAGCCAUCGACUUCACGGCCUCCAAUGGGGACCCACGGAACAGCUGCUCCCUGCACUACAUCAACCCCUUCCAGCCUAACGAGUACCUACAGGCCCUGCUGGCCGUGGGUGAGAUCUGCCAGGACUACGACAGUGAUAAGAGGUUCUCCGCUCUGGGGUUUGGAGCCCGGAUCCCCCCAAAAUUCGAGGUGUCUCAUGACUUUGCCAUCAACUUCAACCCUGAGGAUGACGAGUGUGAAGGCAUCCAGGGCGUGGUGGAGGCCUACCAGAACUGCCUGCCCAGGGUCCAGCUCUACGGUCCCACCAAUGUGGCACCCAUAAUCUCCAAGGUGGCACGCAUGGCUGCAGCUGAGGAACAUAGUGGGGAGGCCUCACAGUACUACAUCCUGCUGAUCUUGACGGAUGGAGUGGUUACUGACAUGGCGGACACUCGGGAGGCCAUAGUGCGUGCCUCCCACCUGCCUAUGUCCAUCAUCAUCGUGGGUGUGGGCAAUGCCGACUUCACCGACAUGCAAGUCCUAGAUGGCGAUGACGGUGUGCUACGCUCCCCCAGGGGUGAGCCUGCCCUGCGUGACAUUGUGCAGUUUGUGCCCUUCCGGGAGCUCAAGAAUGCAUCCCCUGCUGCACUGGCUAAGUGUGUGCUGGCUGAGGUGCCCAAGCAGGUGGUGGAGUACUAUAGCCACAGGGGCCUGCCUCCCCGAGGCACCAGCGCCCGGGCUGGAGAGGCCAGCCUGGCCUCCACUCAUGAGGAUACUGGAGCUGGAAGGGCCACCAGGAGUCCCUCUCACACCACCCAGCAACCUCGAGGCCCUUAACCCUUCCUCAUCCCAUUCUUGCCUUCAGCCCAGGCCCACCCUUCCUUCUCCCAGGAUUCAACAACUGUGGCCCCCAAGGUCAGUGGUGGAACAAAUCCAGGGCUGUGGGGGUCCUGACACAAAAGCAGAAGAUCUGGGCAGCUUGCAGUAUCUGCCCUACCCCUGAAUGAAAGAAGAGUGUGAAUGGGGUGGGAGGUGGGGGAGUCUUCUGCUUUGCUUCUGACCUUUGUAGAGGAGGCAGCAUGACUGCAUCUCAGCUACUGAGAAAGCCUUGGUUACCCCAAACACCCACCAUACAACCUUAUUCCUCUCUGCCCCCAGUGGUGCCCUCUGCAAGCUCCCCAUCCUCCUGUCUCAGCACCCCAUUAGUGCACUUAGGGUGGGGUCUGGGUUUCUGGUAUAAUAAAGUGUUGUCUUGUUGCA